GUAAAUAAUGAUACAAGUCAUGAAAGCAUAUAAGAUUGUGAAGGUGGCGGGCCGCGGGUGUUCUUUCUGGUGCGGCCAUAUUCUGAGAGCGGGUCGGGUCUAACCAUUCAUCAAGAUGGUCCGAAUGAACGCCCUUUCAGAUGCUCUGAGGAGUAUAAACAAUGCUGAAAAACGUGGCAAGCGUCAGGUAUUGAUUCGGCCAUGCUCCAAAGUAGUCGUCAAAUUCCUGACAGUAAUGAUGAAACAUGGGUACAUUGGAGAAUUUGAAAUUGUGGAUGAUCACCGAGCUGGCAAGAUUGUGGUGAACUUGACUGGCCGUCUUAUCAAAUGUGGUGUUAUUUCCCCUCGGUUUGAUGUCAAAAUUAAUACUAUUGAGAAGUGGACAACGAACCUUCUUCCCUCGCGUCAGUUUGGAUAUGUUGUCUUGACGACGUCGGGUGGUAUUAUGGAUCACGAAGAAGCGAAAAGGAAGCAUCUUGGAGGGAAGAUCUUGGGAUUCUUCUUCUAAAUAAAUUUAUGAAUGAAGUUUCAA